AUGACAUUUGAAGAGUUUUGUGGUGGUCCCUUUUGGGACGAUGAUCUUACCUGGCGUGAGGAGGAUCCCGAUCUGACAUUCUGCUUUCAGCGCAUCAUACUACAAUGGACACCGUGCUUUUUCCUGUUCGUCUUUUCGGUUUACGAGGUGUUCCGCAUUGGUACCAGCCGGUAUCGCGACAUACCGUGGAACUGGUACAACAUAACGAAGAUGGCCUUCACCUUCGCACUGAUGGUGAUGUCAUGGGUGGAUCUUGGCGUCGUCGUACAGAACAUUGACGAGCCGGAAGUGUUUGAUGUACAGAUAUUGGUGGCAAUUUUCAAUGCCCUCGCAUACAUUAUGGCAAUGGCACUGUAUUUCUUCUACCGCAAGUACGGCGUACGUAGUACCGGUACGAUGUUUAUCUUCUGGUUCUUGAAGGCAUUCUUCGGUAUCAUUCAAAUGCGCACGGAAGCAAUGUUGCACGACGUGCGUGGCUCCGGUACGGAAGACUUUGCCGAGUUCCAGUUCAUCAGCUACACCAUCCAGUACACGUUUAUCUGCUGUGUGCUACUGCUGGAGCUAUUCCCCGACAAGGAACCGCGGUACAGUGAAUGGGACAAGCUAAAGAAUCCUAACCCAGAGCUGAGCACCAGCUUCUUCUCGCGGCUGUUCUAUCUGUAUUUUGAUUCGUACGCGUGGCGCGGAUUCCGCAAACCGCUCACCGACGACGACAUGUACGAUCUGAAUCCGGAGGACACGUCCCGGGCGUUAGUGCCGCCGUUCGAUAAGUACUGGUUCGAGAGUGUGGAAAAGGGCCGCCGCAAACAGGUCGCAGCGGAUAAGAAGGCCGGCAAAACGGGCCUUGUGUAUAAACCGAACGCUGCCACGAACGGAUCGGUGCUGCCGGCGAUGGUGAAAGCUUACGGUGGACCGUUCUGGUUUGCCGGAAUGCUGCAGUUUGCUAUCUCGGGACUUCAGUUCGCCUCACCGUACCUGAUGCAGGAGAUGAUGGCUGUAAUUGCGUUGGAUGGUCCAUUCUGGAAGGGAAUGAUUAUUACGCUGGGCCUGUUCUUGACGUCGUUGCUGAUUGCACUGUUCAACGGCCAGUACUUCCACCGGACAUUCCUCGUCGGGUUCCGCAUUCGCACCGGGUUGGUGAGCGCCAUUUAUCGCAAGGCGUUGCGAAUUUCUAGCUUUGCCAAGAAAGAUACCACCGUGGGAGAAAUCGUCAACCUGAUGGCGGUCGAUGCGCAACGUUUCUUUGAAUUAACGUCCUACCUGCACGUCCUGUGGUCCGCUCCGCUGAUUAUUGCGCUCUGUAUCUAUCUGCUGUACGAGCUGCUGGGACCGGCCGUGUUUGCCGGGCUGGGUGUGAUGGUGAUCAUGAUCCCGAUCACCGGCUUCAUUGCUACUCGGAUGCGCGAUCUGCAAGUGGAACAGAUGGAAAUCAAGGACGAGCGGGUGAAGAAGAUGAACGAAAUUCUCGGCGGCAUCAAGGUGCUGAAGCUGUACGCGUGGGAGCCAAGCUUCCAGGAUACCGUCGUAACGGUGCGUAACCAGGAGCUGGAUGUGUUGAAGCACGCCGCAUACUACGGAGCGGGAACGUACUUCGUGUGGACGAUGGCACCCUUCCUGGUGACGCUCGCUUCCUUCGCCGUGUUCGUUAUGUCUGACGAGGAAAACAUUCUCGAUCCUCAGACGGCGUUCGUGGCGUUGGCACUGUUCAACAUCCUGCGGUUCCCAUUGGCCAUGUUCCCAAUGAUGAUCACGUUCGCUAUGCAGGCCUGGGUAUCGAUCAAGCGUAUCGACAAGUUCAUGAACAGCGAAGAACUCGAUCCGAACAACGUUACACACAACAAGAGUGAAAAUGCGUUGGAGUUGAAAGACGGCACCUUUUCCUGGGGCGAUGAUGCACCGACGUUGAAAAACAUUAAUCUGGCACUGCGUAGAGGAAAAUUGUCGGCUGUCGUUGGAGGUGUAGGUACUGGCAAGAGUUCCCUGAUAUCGGCACUGCUUGGAGAGAUGGAGAAAAUGAAGGGAUCGGUCAACACGGACGGUUCGAUCGCAUACGUUCCGCAGCAAGCCUGGAUUCAGAACGCCACUCUGCGUGACAACAUUCUCUUCGGCAAGCCAUUCGACCAGAAGAAGUACGAUAACGUGAUCGACUGCUGUGCCUUGAGGCCCGAUCUGGAGAUGCUUCCCGGCGGCGACACGACGGAGAUCGGUGAGAAGGGUAUCAACCUUUCGGGUGGACAGAAGCAACGUGUGGCACUGGCUCGUGCUGUGUAUGCCGACUGUGAGGUGUAUCUGUUUGACGAUCCACUGAGUGCUGUGGACGCUCACGUAGGAAAGCACAUCUUCGAGAAGGUUGUUGGACCAUCGGGAAUGCUGGUGGGCAAGUCACGCUUGUUAGUCACUCACGGCAUAUCGUUCCUUCCGUUCGUGGAAGAAAUAUUCGUCAUGAAGGAUGGAGAGAUCUCGGAGAGCGGAUCAUAUCAACAACUUCUCGACCAGAAGGGUGCAUUUGCCGAGUUCCUCACGCAACACAUUCAAGAAAUGGACGACGAGGAUGAAGAUGAGUUGAAACUGAUCCAGGAAGCUCUUAAAGAUGGUGAGGCAAAGAAGAUCGUACAACGUGCAAUGUCUACACGAUCACAACGGUCGGGUAGUAGCAAUGGUAGCCAGCGCAAGAAGCGUGUCAGUCGGGCAGAGUCACGGAACAGCAACAAACCACGGGCAGUAGAACAAACUACGCAGCAACUGUCCGCCGCUACCUUGAUCGAGAAGGAAGAAUCGGCAACGGGUGCCGUCGGCUACAUGGUGUACGUGAAAUACUUCAAAGGCAUCGGUCUGUGGCUUGGAUUUUGGUCGAUCUUCUUCAGCGUGAUCAAUCAGGGCGCCUCCAUUUACGCUAACAUUUGGCUUACGGACUGGUCAGAGGAUCCAGAGGCGGCUACGGAUAACUCGGUACGAGACAUGUAUCUCGGCGUGUACGGUGGACUCGGUGGUGCCCAAUCAAUUGCGCUACUGAUCGCCUCCAUUACGCUCGCCUUGGGCUGUGUGCGGGCGGCCCGCGAACUGCACCACAAUCUCCUCGAGAGCUCCAUGCGAAUGCCAAUGUCUUUCUUCGACACGACACCGUUGGGCCGUAUCAUGAACCGCUUCUCGAAGGAUGUGGACGUGGUGGACAACAUACUGCCCCAGUCUAUUCGUGCUUGGUUGCUGAUGUUCUUCAACGUCGUCGGUGUGUUCGUGGUCAUCGGCAUAUCCACACCCGUUUUCUUGGCCGUCGUACCCGCAUUCCUCGUGAUAUACUAUCUGAUUCAAAAGUUCUACAUCGCCACCUCGCGACAGUUGAAGCGUCUCGAGUCGGUCACACGUAGCCCGAUCUAUUCACACUUCGGCGAGAGUAUCACAGGCCAGAGCACAAUCCGUGCUUAUGGUCAACAGGACCGUUUCAUGAACGAGUCCGAACAGCGCGUAGACUACAAUCAGCUUACCUCUUAUCCGAGUAUCAUCGCUAACAGAUGGCUCGCCGUGCGACUUGAACUGGUCGGUGCUCUGGUCGUGUUCUUUGCCGCCCUGUUCGCCAUGGUUGCCCGCGACAGCAUCGGGCAGGCAACGGUGGGGCUCUCCAUCAGUUACGCUCUGCAGAUAUCGGCAACGCUUAGCUUCCUCGUGCGUAUGACUGCUGAAGUGGAGACAAACAUUGUCGCCAUCGAACGAUUGGAAGAGUACACCGUACUCCCGCGCGAAGCUGAGUGGCAGAAGGGAACCGUGGACAAGGCAUGGCCCGCAGAAGGAAAGGUUGAGUUCAAGGAUUAUCAGAUCCGAUACCGCGAGGGUCUUGAUCUGGUCAUUCGAGGCAUCUCGCUCAACGUUCGAGGAGGAGAGAAGAUCGGUAUCGUUGGCCGUACCGGUGCAGGAAAGUCCAGUUUGACACUUGGUCUCUUCAGAAUUGUCGAGGCGGCCGGUGGACAAAUAAUCAUCGACGGACACGACAUCUCUCAAAUGGGUCUUCAUCAGUUGCGUGGACGAUUGACCAUCAUUCCCCAAGAUCCGGUUCUGUUCUCCGGUACACUGCGAGCCAAUGUGGAUCCCUUCAAGAGUUACAGUGACGAUCAGGUAUGGAAGGCUCUCGAGCUGUCCCAUCUGAAGACGUUUGUGAAGGGUUUAGCGGCCGGACUGGAGCACGAGAUCGCCGAGAACGGAGAGAACCUUUCGGUUGGCCAAAGACAGCUGAUUUGCUUGGCACGUGCUGUACUGCGAAAGACGAAGGUGUUGAUUUUGGAUGAGGCAACGGCGGCAGUAGAUCUCGAGACGGAUGAUUUGAUUCAGAAAACUAUCCGUACGGAGUUCACUGAUUGUACGAUUCUAACCAUCGCCCAUCGGCUGAACACAAUUCUUGACUCGGACCGAGUACUGGUGCUCGACAAGGGUUUGGUAGCCGAGUGUGACUCACCGCAGAACCUUCUCGCGAACAGAGACUCCAUAUUCUUUGGCAUGGCGAAGAAUGCCGGAAUUGUAAGCUAG